AUGGGAGGAGUCAAUAAGAAGGGUAGCUAUAGUUAUGGGAGCUCGGGUAACUCAAGUAGAGGCAACAACCAGAAUCAAAAGAAUUUAGCCCGUGGAGGCUUUAUGCAGAGGAGACAGGCUCAGGGGAACCGUAUAGGAGGAGAUCGGAGUGUCCACUAUGAACCGGCUAGAUCCACACCAAGUAUUAGUGGUCAUUGCAUGAGAUGUGGGAGAAAUCACCCAGGACAGUGUUGGGAAUGCUACAGAUGCCAUAAAUUUGGACAUAUAGCUCGCAAUUGUCCAGAAACGCAACAGCAAACUCCUAGCUUCAGAUCCACGAUGCCUGGGAGAGUUUUUGCUCUGACUAGAGAGGAAGCUGGUACAUCUCCUAAUCUAAUUAGAGGUACUAUCUCUCUUCAAGGACAUGAUAUACCUGCGUUGUUUCAUUAUGGUGCCACUCAUUCUUUUAUUGCUGCGGAAUGUGCUCGAAAGUUUAAAUUUCCAAUGCAUGAUUUGUCUUACAUGUUGAAAGUGUCAACUCCAGCAGGAGCCACUGUGCUAACCACACAGGCGUGUUUAAGUCUUGUGCUUAAACUUGAGAAUCGUGAGUCUGUGAUUGAUUUGAUUUGUCUACCCCUCAAGAGUAUUGACGUGAUUAUUAGCAUGGAUUGGCUAUCAGCAAAUAAUACUAUUCUAGAUUGCAAAAGAAAGAUAGUAACUCUUCCUUUGUGCACUACGAUAGUUGAGGCUAUUAAUGGUCAUUUGUGGUUGUCUGCUACUCAAGCAACUAAGUGUAUUCAGAAGGGUUGUCAGGCGUAUGCUGUUUUCUUUUUCGUUAGUACGGAUAAAGAAGUUGGUAUAGACCAAAUUGAGGUAGUAAAGGAGUUUCCUGAGGAAGUGUUUGGUUUACCUCCUGAAAGGGAAGUUGAAUUCUCCAUUAAGCUAGUACCAAGGACAACUCCAAUUUCUAAAGCACCGUACAGAAUGUCACCUUCUGAAUUGGCAGAGCUGAAAACGCAAAUCAAAGAGUUACUUGAAAAAGGAUUUAUUAGACCAAGUGUCUCCCCGUGGGGAUCACCAAUACUGUUUGUGAGAAAGAAAGAUGGGAGCUUAAGAUUGUGUAUAGAUUACAGGAAGUUGAACAAAGUGACUAUCAAGAACAAAUAUCCUUUGCCUAGGAUUGAUAACUUGCCAGAUCAAUUAAUGGGGUCAGCGGUGUUUUCCAAGAUUAACUUAAUGUUGGGAUAUCAUCAAUUAAGAGUUAGAGUAGAGGACAUCCCGAAGACGGACUUUCACACUAGAUACAAACAUUAUCAGUUUCUAGUAAUGCCUUUUGGUUUGACGAAUGCUCCAGCGGUGUUUAUGGACUAA